AUGGGCCAAGAGGCGCCAAACUCCAGCUCAGAUGUCCCCCCCAGACCUAAUGGGGCCCCCAAACUCGACAUUGCAAUUGCCGGGGGUGGCAUCGCCGGAUUCAUCACUGCCAUUGCCUUGCGUAAGCAUCCAGGAGUCAACGUUCAGGUGUACGAACGUGCGCCAGAACUCACGGAGAUCGGCGCAAGUAUCGGACUUGGACCCAACGGUCUGAGCUCUUUGGACAAGCUUGGAGUUGAAAAUGCUCUUAUUGGCGACAUCCUGUAUCGACAGAAGUCUGGAUGGCCAAUGAUCUAUCGACAUUGGAAAACCGGAGAGAUUAUCGAUCACGACGAGCAUCACAAUGUCAAGGACAAGAGACACUUCACUACGCGCUAUCACAGAGCCCAUCUUCACAAGGCUCUCUACGAGAAUCUUCCAAGCGAGAUUGUCCAAUUUGGAAAGAAGUUGACCGGCAUCAAGGCAGACGCGAAUGAAGGCGUAACUCUAUCGUUUGAGGAUGGCACAACUGCGAAAGCGGACAUUUGCAUCGGCUCAGAUGGUGUGCAUUCUCGCGUACGCAAGACUUUUGUACCGUCGCAUACUCUUCGCUGGACCGGAUGGGUGGCACUCCGGGCCGUCUACGACAUCUCUUUGCUAGACGGUAUUGAAUACCCUGAAGAUGCUGCGCACUGGAUCGGCCAUGGACGACAUCUUUUCCAGUCUCCGCUAGGUGGCAAGGGACUUUUCACUGUCGUAGGAGGAUAUCACGCCGACCCCAACGACCCCAACGCACCAGGACAAGGCGUCAAAUGGGAUGAUGUAGGCGAUGUUGAAAAGUUCAGGGAGUUAUACAAGGACUGGCACCCUGCUAUUCGUGCCUUCACUCAAGCGGCUCCCUACAUCAGGCAGUUUCCCAACUACACCGGUGAUCCUCUUGAAACUUGGUCAUUCGAGAAUCGGGUGGUACUUGUUGGGGAUGCCGCACAUGGCCACGGCGGUGCUUUUGCCGCUGGAGGGUCUCUCGCCAUUAACGAUGCCCACGCUCUGUCUCUAGCACUUCUCCACGUCUGGCCUCCUUCAUCGGCCCAGAAGCCCUCACUCGCAGAGAUAGGAAAGAUCUUUGCACUUUACGAAGCGACAAGAAAGCCACAGGUGAACAAGCUUUUAGGUGCUGUUCAUAAGGCUGUUGCAGGCAAAAAGCUCAAGUUGGAGGACGGAAAGGCCGAGACAGAUGAGCAACUUCGCCAGAGAGUACGAGACAGGAUGGAUCCGUACUGGAUCGCCGAGCAUGAUGUCGUAGCGGCAUUUGAAGACGUGGUUUCCAAGGAGAAAGCCAAUAGAGUAGGAUCGUCAUAG